AUGGUCGUCUCUUCCGCGCCGCCCCCACCACCCUUUCAGCUCAUCUUCGUCGCUGCCCGUCGGGUUAGAUCUUUUGACAUCUUACUGAGAAGGAUCACAACGACAGAACAGCUGGACAUGGAGUCAAAACCCGCUCUUCUGGCAGUCUGCUUAGCUGUGGUUUCCGCGCUCAUCACCCAAAUGGGCGGGUUAGAGGACAACUCCCGCCACCUGUGUCGUAUCAAAACAGAAAACCACCUAGUGUUUGGCAACCAGGAACCAGCGUUGGUCCAGCUGGAACAUCUGGAUCUCAGUCAUAACAAGAUCAGCACCGUCGUGCAAUCCGCCUUUCGUGGACUAUCGCGGCUGAGGUUCCUGGAUCUAAGUUACAACCAAAUACAAAAGAUAACAGAGAAAACGUUUGAAGGUUUGGGCAACCUCACUCACCUAAACCUGGCAGCCAAUAGGAUAGCGGUGAUAGGGGGCGCCUUUGAACGUCUGUACGGGUUAAAAGAUUUGAAUAUGGGUGGAAAUAGCUUAGCUGUUUUGAAUGAAACAGCACUGGGUCCUGUUGUCAACAGGCUGGAGAAACUGGACCUUACAGACAAUCCGUUUCUGUGUGACUGUAACUUACUGUGGUUUGUUGAGUGGGCCAACGACAAAUACGACAGGGUGCCGAACUUGUACAACCCUUACCCUGACGUUGGUCGAGGCUACACGUGUUCUAAUCCGGCAAAAUUGCGCGGACGACGUUUGAUAGACGGGUUGAUCCAGAAACAACAAUCUAACGACAGAAAAAAUCCGUCAGAACGAAAGUUCUUUGACACAGUCUGUAGUCAUGGAUUCCAACCAAACAGACUCCUGGCUUGUGUGCUUGCCUCUUCCGGCAUCUUCGUCGCCAUGAUGACCAUUUUCCUGGUCGACUACAACAUCGAUCGUUUUCAGUACUACCUGUGGAUGUUGCUGAGACCAAAGAUUGGUGAAGUAGAAAACCAAGAGCCGCCCAGAUACAAGCACGAUGCUUUUAUUGCCUACAACAACCAGGACGUCAUGUGGGUUGUACAUGAAGCAAUAGAAAAUCUGGAACCCGACUACAGUCUGGUCAUUCACGAGAGGGACUUUGCAGCCGGCGCUCCCAUUGUGGAAAACAUCGCGGAUGCCGUGGAAAACAGCCGGAGAACCGUCUGCCUCAUCACCAGGAACUUCCUGAAGAGUAAGUGGUGCGAGUACGAGUUCCAGAUGGCCCAGUACAACAUGUUUGAGGAGGGGGGAGGGAGGCGUCUCAUCCUGGUGUUUCUGGAGAGGAUUCCUGCCAGGAUGCUGAAACGAUUCCGCCAUCUGAACGCCGUAAUGAAGAGGGACACGUACCUGACGUGGCCGGACGACGUGCGGAAAAGGCCGCUGUUCUGGAAGCGGCUGCGAGACGCUCUGGGCGAUCCUCUACCCCGGGACCCAGAGCCUCAACAGCAGGUACAAGAUCUGGAACGGAACCUUCCGGAGCAGCUGGUACAAGAUCCGGAACGGGACAUUCCGGAGCAGCUGGUACAAGAUCUGGAACGGAACAUUCCGGAACAGCAGGUAGAUUACCCUGAACAGCCUCCGGUAAGGAACAUCGUGGAAGUGCAGGUGCAUGUCCCCGUACGGAACAUUCCGGAACAGCAAGAGGAAUUCAUAUUACCAGACCCAGACGACCCGUGGUUUGGAGAUGGGGAUAAUGUGCCCCUCCUACCUCUGUAG